UUACCUGACUUCAACCUGUCCUCCCUUUUACUGAAUGGACUGAACCUUCUCGUGUCCUUAAAACGUCCACGAUAGUUGCGACAGAGUCAUCACCUACCACAACCCUGAAAACAUGGUGACAAUUCCUGCAAUCGUCGUUCUCCUAGGGCUCCUUGCGCUGACGAAUGGACAAAUAAAUUGCGGAGAACAAAGAGUGGACUUGUCUAUCAUCCUUGAUGAGUCUUCGUCGGUUGGGGCCAACAACUUCAUCAUUGCUAAACAGUUCGUGGCAGAUGUGGUUUCGGGGGCAAACAUCAGUACAGAUGCAGUACAGGUAUCAGUGAUAACUUUUUCAACAAGUUCCGCUAUUGAUAUAAAUUUUGAUGACUAUUCAAAUGAUGCAGCCGGCCUACAGACUGCUAUUACCGGACUGGUGUACGCCAGAGGAGGAGGAACAAACACUGCCGAAGCGCUGAAUCUUGCAGCCGAUACGGUUUUCUCAGCGAAUCGGCGCGGUGAACGACCAGACGCCCGCAAUGUUGUGAUCGUUGUCACUGAUGGAAUGGCCAGUAACGCAAACCUUCUUCUUCAACGGGCAAUUACGAACAUUCAGAAUGAGGCUGAGGUGUUCUCAGUCGGUGUUGGGAACGAGGUUUCUGUCAGUGAACUUGGAAGCAUUGCCUCAAGCCCUGGUGCAGAGCACGUGUACGAAGUCGCAACUUUCGAUGCCCUUAUGUGUAUAACUGAUUCGAUCUUCACCUCACUAUGCCCGCCAUGUGUUGUGGACUGCACCAUCAACCAGAUCUGUGAUCGACCAGCAAACGUCUGUAUUAUACCGGUUAACGAGUGUGCAGAUAACACGCACAACUGCGACGCAAAUGCAGUUUGUCAAGAUACACCAUCGUCUUUCGAAUGCAUGUGCAAUCCGCCCCUUGUCGGUGAUGGAACUGUUGGAAACUGCAAUGACCCCGAUCCCUGUACCCUCAACGCCGACAAUUGUGAUGGAAACGCUACAUGUACACCUACAGCCAGUGGAUUCAACUGUACGUGCAAUACAGGAUUCAUAGGAACUGGUGCAGAAGGAGAGUGUGUUGUGGACCCGUGUUUAGGCAACGAUUGUGAUGGUAAUGCUACCUGUACACCUUUGGAGAACGGAGGAUUUAACUGUGACUGCAAUGCCGGAUUUGUGGGCAAUGGUAGAGUGUGUGAUGUUGACCCGUGUGCCUCAAACUCGACCAACAAUUGUGAUGCCGCUGCUACCUGUACAGCCACUGCCAGCGCAUUCAGCUGCACUUGCAAUGACGGGUUCUUCGGGAAUGGUACAAUGGAUAACUGUAUGGUUUGUCCGUGAUCCAACGACACGCUGUAGGAAGUCAUCCUUGGCUUUUCAACCUUUGACCUACAAACCAUGUAGCACAUGUUAAAUAAACGUAGGGAGCAUAAAA